AUGGAGAAGGAGGCAGAGGUUGGAUGUUCAGACAAGUAUGAUGUGUUUAUCAAUUUCAGAGGGGAAGACACUCGGAAUAUCUUCGUUGGCCACCUUUACAGUGCUCUUAAGGGUUGUGGAAUCCAUACUUUCAUUGAUAGCAAAGAUCUGCAGAAAGGAGAAGAUAUUGGGAAGCUUCUCAGAGUAAUAGAAGGCGCCAAGCUCUCGAUUGCUGUCUUCUCUCAUAGAUACGUGGAAAGCAGAUGGUGCCUCCAGGAGCUGGCUCAGAUGGUGAAAUCUCAUAGAACCAAUGGUCAAAUCAUUUUGCCCAUUUUCUUCAUGGUUAAGACAUCACAUGUUAAGAAUCACACUGGAUGCUUUGAGAUUUUGCCCCAGAUGCAUAGCGAGGAGGCGGCAGAAACUAGAUCAGCAUGGGAGGAUGCUUUGCGAGCAGCAGGAGAUAUGAGUGGAUGGGUUGUUGACGAGAGAGAUGACCAAUCAGUGUUAGUCAAGGAAGUUGUUCAAAAUGCUUGGAUCCAAUUAAAUAAGGUCCCCUUGAUUGAUGUCAAAAAUUCUGUUGGACUAGAAUCCCGCGUACAACGUGUGUUAUUUUUGCUAUCAAAUUCCAGCUCCAAGGAUGUUCAAUUUUUAGGGAUAUGUGGUCAGGGUGGCAUUGGGAAGACAACCAUUGCGACGACUGUAUAUAAUUGCAUCUCUGAAAAAUUUAGCAAGAGUUGUUUUCUUGAGAAUGUUAGAGAGCAAGAAUCACAAACCGGUAUAGUUUGUUUGCAAGAGAAACUUCUUUAUGGCAUCUCCUCCAUGGAAACAAAAAUAUCCAAUUCUAGAGAAGGAUCACGAUUGAUAAAGGAAAGAUUUCAGAACAUGAAAACUCUUCUCAUUCUUGAUGAUGUGGGUGAUCGUACCCAAUUAGAUGCAUUGACUCGUGAUCUUGAUUGGUUUGGUCUCGGAAGUGUGAUAAUUAUAACGACUAGAGAUCGGAGCGUUCUAAGUGGGGUCCCUGAAAAUAAUAGAAUGAUAUAUGAACCUAGAGUAUUGAAUAAGGAAGAAAGUCUUCGACUCUUCAGUUUGCAUGUAUUUUCAACGGACCAACCUCCUGACGAUUUUAGGCAGCUAUCAGUUGAUAUAGUACGCACUACAGGAGGGUUGCCCUUAGCAUUGGAGAUUUUGGGUUCUGAUUUGUCUAUGACAAAAGAUAAAGAAGAUAAGGCAUUAUGGGAGUCCAUUCUUCGGAUGUUAAAACAAAUUCCUCAUGAUAUUGUAUAUGAAAAGUUGAAGAUAAGCUUUGAUACUCUGCAUGAUAUUGAGAAAGCCAUGUUUCUUGAUGUUGCAUGUUUAUUCAUAGGAUGGGAGGAAGAAACCGUAAUUUCCAUAUGGAAAGCCUGUGGCUUUGAGCCAAUAUACUGUAUGGAAGUUCUCAAGAGAAAAUCUCUCAUAAAGAGUCGUGAGUCAUUUAAUUGGGAAGAUGAAAAAUAUAAAAGGUUGUGGAUGCACGAUCAAAUUCGAGACAUGGGAAGAAGUAUUGCCUACAAUCAAAGGCCUGAUAAUCCUGAUAACCAUAGCCGGUUAUGGUCUCCUGACAAUAUCAUGAAGGUAUUAAAGAGUGGUAAGGGGAAUCAAAUGGUUGAAGGUCUCCUCCUACAUACAAAUGAAAACAUUUGUUUACAUACUAAAAAUUUCAAGAUGAUGCCUAAACUUAGAUUACUAACAGUUGGUGGAGCAACCAUGGAGGGGAGCUUUCAGUGUCUUCCUUCUAAGUUAAGGUGGUUCAGAUGGCACGGAUGUCCAUUAAAAAAACUACCUGCUAGCUUUUGUCACGAAGGCUUAGUAAUGCUCGACUUACCUAAUGGCAGGUUUAGACAAACUUGGAAUAAUUGGCAUGGUAAUAAGGUGUUUCAACAAUUGAAAGUUCUUCGACUCAGUCAUUGUUAUAAUCUGUUUAAAUCUCCCGACUUCUCAGGAUUUCCUCUCUUAGAGAGGUUGGAUCUUUCUUAUUGCGAAAAAUUGGUUAAUUUAAAUGAAUCCCUUGGGAAGCUCCAACAGCUGGUUUAUUUGAACUUGAAAUAUUGUCAUUCGCUUGAGAAACUCCCAAACAGUAUAUGUAGGUUGAGAUCGCUUCAGAAUCUUAUCCUCACUGAGUGCAAGUCACUCCGAGAGAUUCCUGUAUCCAUGGGUGAUCUAAAAGAAUCUUUGGUUGAGCUUGACUUGGCCCGUACAACUAUUGAAGCGCUGCAUGAUGGUAUUGGGCUGUUAAAGAAGCUGAAGGUAUUGAAUCUUGAUGGCAGCUAUGCACUGAUGUAUCUGCCAAGCUCAAUGGAGAAAAUGACUUCUUUGCGUUACUUCAACCUUAGUGGACUUAACAAGCUUUUGCCCAUGCCAAAGCUUCCCUCAAGAUUAAUUGAAUGGUAUUUCUGCACACGUUUUGACAGUUUACCAGACAUUCAUCAGAACAUGAAAAACUUAGAGCAGUUGCACCUUGGAGAUUAUUGUGUAAAGAUGGAGAAAUUUAGAGGCUUCGUGAAGACGAAGACAAAGAACAAUGAUGAUGAUGAUGAAUUCAGUGAUCUUAUCAAUAAAGUGGAUAGACGCUGCUGCGUGGUUACAAAUCAUCGUUCGUGGCAGACAGCACAAGGCCAGCUGCAGGAGGGAACAGCAUUUGCAUGGGGUAACAUUGAAAGUUGGAGACAGAUUUGGAUACCUUUGCAGCAAAAGACAGAUGAAAUGAGAGAUAAAUGGGGUUGUCAUCACUUGAUUCGUCAUUACCUGAUUCCUGAUGAUGAGAUCUGUAGCUCGAGGUUAAUUAUGCAUGUUUCUUUGAGUGUCACCGUUCGUGAAGAAGACUAUUCAUGGAUACGUAAUGGAUAUCAAGAUAUCACGCUGUGGUUUAAUUCUCGUGUCCAUAGCAAAGAUGAUAAAAAAAUCGAUUGUGAAAUUGGGCUUGCAAUUGAGGGCAUGAAUAAAUUGAAAGGUGUAGGUGUAGAUGAUCAUAUAGAAUACAUUCACGAAUUCAAAGGGUUCGAGUGGUUCGGAAUUCAACUGAAAGGCAGAGAUGCUAUUGAGAUAUCAGAUGUAUAUGUUAAUUAUCCUGAGUGGGGGAAGUUGAGAGGGUUGAACCUCUUCCUGGCAGAAGAUGGGAAUCAUCAAUUCAGUACUGAUCAGAAAUUUCUUGAGAUUGUAAGAUAUCCGAGGACAGACGCGGAGGAUAUGGAGGAGGAUGAGGAGGAUAUAGGAUCCGGAUCCUCUACCGCCGAGCUGCCCCAACUGCCCAAGCGCCUUGCCCGAGUGGGGGUAAGGCGGUCAUUUCGCACCUUGUUGGGGGCAGUUCGCCAAUAG